AUGAUCAACGAAAACACUACCAUGACCGACUUAUAUCAUUAUGAACAUCAGUCAAAGCCAACUUCAACUCUUCCUGCACACACAUCUGUUUUAACUGAAUCGACAAUGCCGAGCUAUUAUCCUCAAACCAGACAUCGCCCAUUUAUCAGUAGACAUUUAGCGGAUCAUGAUGACGAUGAUUCCGAUUCCACUUACAAAGAAGCAUUCAUCGUGCAAGUCUUCCAACAUUGGAAACUAAAGACAUUGGAACAUCAACAAGCAUUACAGAAUCCUGCAAAUAUCACGACACCCGAUGGAUUUGCACAAAUAUCUCCUACUAACCCACCUGUUGUGCCAACAGAAAUCGCAACUAGAAACGAUGUCCCUAAUGACACUUCGUCAAGUGAAAAUAAGGAGGAAACAUCCAACGUUAGUGAUUCAUCAAAAUCAAUAGAAUCAUCUAUACAAAAACGAACAACACCACUAGUUACCACUCAAGCACGACGACGUACGGCUUUUCGAAAAAGUCUCUCCACACCUCCCGAUUGCUCAAAUCCCAAUCUACUCGCGCCCUACGCUAAAACAAGAUCAGCACCUACUGCAAGCAACAACAGCAACAGCAAUACGUCAACAGCAACAACAAGAAAACCUGCUAAGCCAGCACCUAUCUUUAUCGCACCGAAAAAGUCCCAGCCACGUCCAUACACAUGGCUUUCCAUUUCUACUGAUGAUGUUUCCCAAACAAAACGGAAAAGUAUUACAGGCGAUGAACAAAACCCGGCUCCAAUCUCUCCACUAUGGGCACCAGCACCACCCACAAUACCGACACGCUUCUUCACUCAAUCAUGUGGAGUUUUACAUGACGAUGAUGGAACAUCAAGUGAUGAAAAUAACCAUGAAAGUUUACUAAUUCGAAAUAAAAGACUUUUUAAAAAGCCAAGCAAAACGAAAGAAAAUCAUGUUUCAUUUGUUCCUUCUAAUCUAAUCAUUCCAACCACGAUUUGCAUCACUGAUCCGGAUGGCCACUCACGUGUAUUCGAUUGCUCGACUGAUUGGAUGGACGGUGAAUUUGCAAAUAGUGAACGUAUUAUCGAAAGCGAUUAUCUCGCAGCAGCCACAUUUAAUCCCAAUCAUACAUAUGAUUAUUAUUCAUCAUCAUCGUCAACCAUUCCUAUCACAUCAUCGUCAUCACCUUCACCGAAUAGUCUCGAUAAAUAUGGAUUACACAGCAUCGGCGAAGAAGAAGAGGAAGAAGAAAACCGUGAUGGUCUGAUUCUAUCGAAAGAACUUAAUCGUAUUCAAGCCUAUUCCCGGGUACGACAAACAAAUAUUAGUGUGGAAAAGAAAGACUCUGAUCAAAAUCUCAAGCACAAAUUGAAACUGCCACUCGAACGACGAUGGAGUGAUAGUUGUGUUAGUGAUGACGAAGAUCCCGUUGAAUUACAACCACCACGGCUUAUUAAAAUGGCUAGUGCAACAUCCAUCACCAAACAAACUCCAGCAAAAAUAUCCAAAACAAAAUAUUUGCUGAUGAAACUGCAUCUAGCACCAUCACCAACGAAGGAUGAUGAUACGAGCAUGUCAACAGCUUCGAAUUCUACGGGUACAUCAUCGCGAAAACGCACUGUACGUCGAUCAUCGGAUAAAAAACAUGUUCCAACGAAAUCUGAAUCUUUGCAAAUACCAACUGGAGCAUCAAAACAAUCGGCUAACAUCAAGCGACAAGAAUCAAGCCCUGUGGUCGCGUCAAGCAAGAGCACAGAACCCAAACCCAGAUCAAAUCUUUUGUCAGCGACAUUCAGCGCUGCAGCGCCGAUUGCUGUACGCGGCCGUGACGAUCGUCUGAAAAGUGUUGGAAAUCGUGAUGAACCUCGAACCAGUCGAACGGCAAGUGUUGGAACUCGUGCUUCCGCUGGCGAUAGCGACGAAGAUACUGAUAAGAAUGUUCAACAAGGUUCACAAUUAAGUCUCAACAGUGGCAUAAGCGAUUCCAAAGCUAACUAUGAACUUGAUAUCACUGGUACCAUCGAAAUAAGACUUUCAUACAAUAUCAAAUCCAGUUCGUUGGAAAUACUUAUUAAUAAAUGUACAAAUUUAGCUCGUGCUAAACGGAAUCAAACAUCUAAUCCGUAUUGCAAAUGUUAUCUAUUACCGGAUCAAUCGAAAUCCAGUAAACUGAAAACAUCGAUAAAAAAGCAUACAACUGACCCAGUCUUUGCUGAGAUAUUGCGGUAUCGUGUGAGCAGUGAUGAGUUUAGCUCACGAAUUCUUUGGAUUUCAGUUUGGAGUCAAUCAUCUAUUGGACACAAUGAUUUCCUCGGUGAAAUACAUAUUCCAUUAGCUCAUUGUACACUGGACAAAGUCGAAGAACAUACUUUAUUGAGUCGCGUGUCGAAUGACGAUGCCGCAUCCAAUGCUGGAACAGCGGGAGAGUCAAAUGUGUUGCAAUUUAAUUUAACCUUCCUGGAAAACCGGCAAGAUAAAGAAACAGGUACUAUUCAAAUCAGCGAAAUUCAGGGCAUAGGCAUCUACUAUGGAAAGCACCCGAUUGAUGCGAUUUGCAAAGGUGUAUUAAUGCCUGAUAAACUGAAACGCAAGUUACCAACAGUACGCAAAGGGCCAACUCCGAAAUGGGAUAUUCCAUUACGUUGGGAAAAUGUUCGUCGAAAGAAUCUGCCGAAUAUGUCUCUCGAAAUUAGUAUCUGGUGUCAAGAGCGUUUUCGAAAACCAAUGAUUGGUUCUAUACAACUUCAUUCGGCAUCAGCUCCUUCCGAUAGUAAAGUAGCGAAAGGAUCCGGUACACUGAAAACCGAAAUCUCGGCUUGGGAAACAUUCUUAAAAGAUCCAACGACAGUACACCAUUGUCGACUUCCAUUACGAUCAAAUACUCAAGAAAAAUAA